CGGCCCCGCCCAACGGUGGAGUAAGAGGGUGGGCGGUGGCGUGGGGCCGCGCGCUAGGGUGGCGGUACCUGAGGCCCGAGCCCAGGGGCCGGUGGUGUCGCCGCUGCUCCGGAAAGGGCAGGGAGUGAAACUAUGUAGCCUUUUAAGAUCUCGCUUUGCCCCAUCUGAAGUCCAUAUGGCUCUUUAUGAUGAGGAUCUCCUGAAAAACCCUUUCUACCUGGCCCUUCAAAAGUGGCGUCCUGACUUGUGCAACAAGGUGGCCCAACUUCAUGGCAUUGUCUUAGUACCCUGCAAAGGAAGCCUAACAAGCAAUGUUCAGUCUACUUGUCAGUUUGAGUCCUAUAUUUUGAAACCAGUGGAAGAACACUUUCAGACCUUAAAUGGAAAGGAUGUCUUUAUACAAGGAAACAGGAUUAAAUUAGGAACUGGUUUCGCCUGUCUUCUCUCAGUGCCCAUUCUCUUUGAAGAAACUUUCUACAAUGAAAAAGAAGAAAGUUUCAGCCUGCUGUGUAUAGCCCAUCCUUUGGAGAAGAGAGAGAGUUCAGAAGAGCCUUCAACACCCUCCGAUACCUUUUCCUUGAAAACCAUCGAAGAUGUGAGAGAGUUUUUGGGAAGACACUCGGAGAGAUUUGACAAGAACAUUGCCUCUUUCCAGCGAACAUUCAGGGAAUGUGAAAGGAAGAGCCUCCGUCAUCACAUAGACGCGGUGAAUGCGCUCUACACCAAAUGCCUCCAGCACCUUCUGAGGGACUCUCACCUGAAGAUGCUUGCUAGGCAUGAGGCUCAGAUGAACCUGAUGAAGCAGGCAGUAGAGAUGUACAUCCAACACGAUAUUUAUGAUCUGAUCUUUAAAUAUGUGGGGACGAUGGAGGCAAGUGAGGAUGCUGCCUUUAACAAAAUCACAAGAAGCCUUCAAGAUCUUCAGCAGAAAGAUAUUGGUGUGAAACCUGAGUUCAGCUUCAACAUACCUCGUGCAAAGAGAGAACUGGCCCAGCUGAACAAAUGUACCUCCCCACAGCAGAAGUUGGUUUGUUUGCGAAAGGUGGUGCAGCUAAUUACACAGUCUCCUAGCCAGAGAGUUAACUUGGAGACUAUGUGUGCUGAUGAUCUGCUAUCGGUCCUGUUAUACUUGCUUGUGAAAACAGAGAUUCCUAAUUGGAUGGCAAAUUUAAGUUAUAUCAAAAACUUUAGAUUUAGCAACUCGACAAAAGAUGAAUUGGGAUACUGCCUGACCUCAAUUGAAGCUGCAAUUGAAUAUAUUCGGCAAGGAAGCCUCUCUGUUAAACCGCUGGAGUCCGAGGGAUUUGGUGACAGACUGUUCCUUAAGCAGAGAAUGAGCUUACUCUCUCAGAUGACUUCAACUCCCAUUGACUGCCUGUUUAAGCACAUUGCUUCAGGUAACCAAAAAGAAGUGGAAAGACUUCUGAGCCAAGAAGACCAAGAAAAAGAUGCCAUCCAAAAGAUGUGCCACCCCCUGUGCUUCUGUGAUGACUGUGAGAAACUGGUCUCUGGGAGGCUGAAUGAUCCUUCAGUCGUCACUCCAUUCUCCAGAGAUGACAGGGGUCAUACACCACUCCAUGUGGCUGCCCUCUGUGGGCAGGCAUCCCUUAUUGACUUCCUGGUUUCCAGAGGCGCUGUGGUGAAUGCCAUGGACUAUCACGGGUCAACUCCACUUCAUCUUGCAUGUCAGAAGGGCUAUCAGAGCGUGACGCUGCUGCUGUUGCACUACAAGGCCAGCACUGAUGUGCAAGACAAUAACGGCAACACCGCCCUCCACCUGGCCUGCACUCACGGCCACGAAGACUGUGUGAAGGCUUUGGUCUACUAUGAUGUGCAAUCAUGCAAACUAGAUAUUGGUAAUGAGAAAGGAGACACCCCCCUACACAUAGCUGCACGCUGGGGUUACCAGGGCAUCAUAGAGACAUUGCUACAAAAUGGAGCAUCCACAGAGAUCCAGAACAGAAUGAAAGAAACGCCCCUCAAGUGUGCAUUAAACCCAAAGAUUCUGUCUAUAAUGGAAGCCCGUCCCAUGUCCUUUGAAAGGAGACAACAGUCUUCAGUGGUCCCUGUGCCACCCCCUCAACACUUCAUGGAUUCCAUCAGUCAGAGGUCCUCUGCCUCCAGCUCUUCCUCUGUGUCUGUCAGCUCCAGACAAAGGGAACCCAAGAAAGACUACAGAGAGGUAGAAAAGCUUUUGAGAGCAGUUGCUGAUGGAGAUUUAGAAAUGGUGCGUUACCUUUUGGAGUGGACAGAGGAGGACCUGGAGGAUGCGGAGGAUGCUGUCAGUGCUGCAGACCUUGAAUUUUGUCACCCCUUGUGCCAAUGCCCAAAAUGUGCUCCAGCUCAAAAGAAGCUGGCAAAGAUUCCCGCCAGUGGGCUCGGUGUGAAUGUGACCCACCAGGACGGCUCCUCCCCACUGCACAUUGCUGCCCUGCAUGGCCGGGCGGACCUCAUCCCCCUCCUUCUGAAGCAUGGUGCCAACGUGGGUGCCAGGAACGCCAACCAAGCUGUCCCACUCCACUUGGCCUGCCAGCAAGGCCACUUCCAGGUGGUGAAGUACCUACUAGACUCCAAUGCAAAACCCAAUAAAAAGGACGUAAGUGGAAGCACACCCCUCAUUUACGCCUGUGCCAGCGGCCACCAUGAAGUUGCAGCGCUGCUGCUACAGCAUGGGGCCUCCAUCAACGCCUCUGACAACAAGGGCAACACAGCCCUGCACGAGGCUGUGCUGGAGAAGCACGUCCUGGUCGUGGAGCUGCUGCUGCUGCACGGGGCGUCGGUCCAGCUCUUGAACAAGAGGCAGUGCACCGCGAGGGACUACGCUGAGCAGAAUUCAAAAAUAAUGGAAUUACUUCAGGUAGUACCAAGCUGUGUGGCCACGUUAGAUGAAGUUGGCGAAACAGACCACAAGGAGUACGUUACCGUGAAGAUCAGGAAAAAAUGGAACUCAAAAAUGUAUAAUCUACAAGAUGAACCUUUUACAAGACAGUUUUACUUUGUCCCCUCAGUUGGUCAGUUUAAGGGAAGGACUUCAAGGGAGAUUAUGGCAAGAGAUAAAAGUGUCACUAAUAUCCCUGAAGAGUCUUUACGUGAGCCAGGAAGGCAAAGGGUUGCACAGAAGCAAAAGAACCUAUCGACCCAGAGCACCUUGCAGACUGCUGACAGAGGAGACGGUGAGCAGCCGAGGCCCGGACUGAAACAAGCCGCGCCUGGGAACAGGCGAACGCUCCGGAGACACACUGUCCGGGACGCAGCUGCUCCGAAGGCCCAGAGCAGCUCCCCACGAGGCUAGUAUUCCCCAGUCUUGAUGGUAAUAAGGAAUUACAUUUGCUAUCUGAAGUGAAUCCUUAAUGAGAAGAUGCCGACCAUGAAUACAGACAGCAUAGAACUGAAUGUACUUUCUGUUUGGCUUAAGAGAAAGCAGAAAGUUCCUGAAAGCUUUCCUGCGGCUCAAAGAAUACAACAAAGAAAAAAAUCACCAUCCCUUUCCUCUUCAGAGCUAAUGAAUGCCCUUGAAAAGGAAUAGACAAAAAUUCCAGGGGUGUCAGUUCCUUAAGACUUGGGUGUUUUGUUUUA